AGAUUGAUUAAUUAUAAAGAACCUUUACUUGUCUCUCUAAUCCAACAAACCCCCCUCUGUCUGUCUCUCUCUAUCGCCUAGGGUUUGGACGAAAAGUUCUAGUGGAGAGCUUACUACAAUUGUAGGGUUUUCGUUGUUCCAUGAGACAAAAGAAGAAGCCAUCCCGGUCGUUUAUGAUCGUGGAAGCCCUCAAUUUCUGCGCCGGACCGAAAUUAGCUUCUUCCGGCUAACUUCGCGAGCGGGUUGGAUCGUCCUUUCGGCGGCAAUUCGGUCGUCGAUUGCAUUUUCCUGCUCAGGGAGAAAACUUCAUUAUUACUGACAAAGUGGGAGGCUUAUAGCCACUUGGGACUUUACAGUGGCGAAUGUUGUUUGGUGGAUGUUGAAUGAUUGUUGCCAUGGAUUUAAAUGCCUCACCAGUCCCUGAGGAAGAUGAAGACACAUUUGAGCAGCAUAUAGAAGAAGACAGUGCGCCAGAAGAACGUAUAGAGUCUGGAGCUGAUAUAGCCCGCCGGGAGCGUGAUGAAAGACGUAAGCGAUUGAAAAGAGAACGCCCAGAUGACAGACCAAUGCACAUAUCUCAACCGCCCGUAUAUGAUCAAUUGUUUCAAACAAAAAACACCAAGUUUUAUGAUAAAAGCAGGCUUCCCCCGGGUUGGUUGGACUGCCCUGCAUUUGGUCAGGAUAUAUGUGGCAUGAUUCCUUCCAAGGUUCCACUUAGCGAAGCCUACAAUGACUCUGUUGCUCCUGGUAAAAGAUACUCAUUUAAGCAAGUGAUCCAUCAGCAGAGAGUUUUAGGGAGAAAACUUGGUUUAGUGAUCGAUUUGACGAAUACUUCUCGUUACUAUCCAGCAUCGGAUUUGAAGAGAGAGGGUAUCAAGCAUGUUAAGAUUCAAUGCAAGGGGAGGGAUGCUGUCCCUGAUAAUGCAUCUGUAAACAAUUUUGUCUCUGAGGUCUUACAAUUCCUCUCUCGUCAGAAACCACAAUCAAAGAAGUACAUUCUUGUCCAUUGUACGCAUGGGCAUAAUCGGACAGGAUAUAUGAUAGUUAAUUAUAUUAUGCGUUCGCAUCCAACUUCUGUUACUCAGGCAUUAAAAAUGUUUGCUGAUGCACGCCCUCCGGGAAUCUACAAGCCUGACUAUAUUGAUGCCUUGUAUUCAUUUUAUCAUGAAAAAAAGCCUGAGAUGGUUGUUUGCCCACAAACUCCAGAGUGGAAAAGGUCCUCAGGUCUUGAUCUUAAUGGUGAAGCAUUGCCGGAGGACGACGACGAUGGAGUUUCAACUGCUCCUUUGCAGGAGAAUCAUGAACUAGAUGUAGUGAUGACCAAUGAUGAUAUACUAGGAGAUGAGAUACCUAGGGACCAACAAGAUGCACUGCGGCAAUUCUGCUAUCAAACACUUAAGUUGGGUGGUGGGGCAAGAGGAAACUCGCAAUUUCCAGGGUCUCACCCAGUUUCUCUUAACAGGGAUAAUUUGCAACUGUUAAGGCAGCGUUAUUAUUAUGCCACAUGGAAAGCUGAUGGAACGCGAUAUAUGAUGCUAAUAACAAUAGAUGGAUGUUACUUGGUUGAUAGGGGUUUUAAUUUUCGGCGGGUCCAGAUGAGAUUUCCUUGCAGAAACACAAAUGAUGCUUUAGCUGAUAAGACUCAUCACUUUACAUUACUUGAUGGGGAGAUGAUAAUUGAUACUUUACCGGACUCGCAGAAGCAAGAGAGAAGAUACCUAAUCUAUGAUAUGAUGGCAAUUAAUUCCGUGUCUGUCAUAGAGCGACCUUUCUAUGAACGUUGGAAGAUGCUUGAGAAGGAAGUGAUUGAACCGCGGAAUCAUGAGCGCCACAAUAUUUACCAAUGUAGGAAUCCUUAUUAUAGAUAUGACCUUGAGCCAUUCAGGGUGCGGAGGAAAGACUUUUGGUUGCUCUCUACUGUUACCAAGCUUUUGAAGGAAUUCAUUCCAAGGCUUUCACAUGAUGCAGAUGGUCUUAUUUUUCAGGGUUGGGAUGAUCCUUAUACUCCUCGCACACAUGAAGGCCUCUUGAAAUGGAAGUACCCUGAGAUGAAUUCAGUUGACUUUCUAUUUGAGAUAGAUGACAAUGAUCGUCAGCUACUUAUUCUGUAUGAUCGGGGGAAGAGGAAACCGAUGGAAGGGAAUAAUAGGGUUGUAUUCAGAGAUGGUUCAGACCCCUCUUUAUAUUCUGGAAAAAUUAUCGAGUGUUCGUGGGAUUCAGAAGAAGAGGUAUGGGCCUGUAUGCGGAUCAGAACAGAUAAAUCAACUCCGAAUGAUUGGAAUACUUACAGGAAGGUGAUGCGGAGCAUAAAAGACAAUAUCACCGAGGAAGUAUUGUUGAACGAGAUUUAUGAGAUCAUACGUCUGCCCAUGUAUGCUGAUAGGAUACGGAACGAUAGCAAAGCCCACCAGCAUUCAAAUUCAGCGAGACGGAAGGUGAUGGUUGGAGGGAUGAGCAAUUGAUGUCCAUAAUACCUUGGAGGUCUUCUAGUAAUAGGAGAAACAGAUACUGAAGUAUAUCUCUGACACUUGCUUCCACGGAGUCAUUGCAAGUUCAGUAUACUGGAGCUUGGCGAUGUAUUGGGCAUUGCCAGAUGGGUCACUUAGAUAUUGUGUAAUUAGCUACCCUCCACUAUAAUCUUGUAACCUGUGCUGUGCUGGUGAGUUGUAUGAUUCAGGCUGAAUGAUUUCUCUCAGUUAGUUGUCCAGAUCAAGAGAGUUAGUUAGGAUUAGGGUCGCCAUGUAUAUUAAUUCUUUUCUUUUUCCUGUUACAUGUAGUGAAUUCUAAGUUUUCUACAAGGUAGCAAUUUUUCAGAACCAAUGGUCUUUUUAUUUUCGUGGAGAAAAGGAAGAAAUCAAUAUUUGUGAAUCA